GGUGUAGUUGUUUAUUGUGAUUUGAAGUUUUUUGAGUUUUCGUGUUUUUUUAUUUGCAAACUUUUCUCAUUAGUAUAUCUAUAGACUAUUUUAAAUGAAACUUAUCUAAAUACUAUAAUAUUUGUUUCUUUCAUCGCGGAGAGUCAGAAAUGACUGGAACAACUUGUACUGUGGCUACUUGUAAAAGUAAUAGUGAAAGGGCAAAAAAGGAGGGGGAAUUAAUAAGAUUUUUUACUUUCCCCAAAAAACCGGAAGUUUUAAAACAAUGGAUUCGUCUUUGUAGAAGGAAAAGUCCCUUUGAUCCAAAAAAUAAACGUGUCUGCAGUAAACAUUUUGACCUAGAUCAAUAUGAAGACAUGAUUGAAGCUCGGUUAACAAAUAAAAUGCCAAAACGACUCAAAGAAACAGCUAUUCCAUCACUUAACCUUCCAUCGGUACCUCAACGGAAUAUUAGUAAACAACGAAAUAUUACUAAAAGAAAUAGGAGAAUGAAAUUAAAAAAGGAGAAACGAAUUGUUGAAAGAUCCUUAAUAGAUGAGGCUCCCAAACAGCAUAAUUUACCCCAGAAUAUGCCAGCUUGUAGUUCGAACAGCCUUUUACAAGAUAUAAGUAACCAAAGUCCAUAUGAAAUUUUAUUUCAAAAAUACACCGCUCUUCAAGAACAAUGUGAGAAAUUGAAGAAUCAAGCACAACAAGACAAAACAGAAAUAAAGAACCUUAUUGCCACAAACAAGGAAUUGCAACUUCGUGCUGAUCAUAGUCAAAAGACGUUGGAUGCAAAGCUAAAAUACUUUUUAAAUUUUUUUACACCAAACCAAGUUGAAGUUUUCAUUGAAGAAGAAAAACCAAAGCCAGAUGGACCAGCGAAGAAAAUUCUAAGGCAUUUACCUUAGGUUAUUUUAGUAAACGUGCCUAUAUAGUAUGUAUUUGUGCUAGAGAAUAGCACUGGAAAAAUGGACAUCAAACAUUGAUUUACUGAAAAAAUUUAAAUAAUAUUUUGAAUAAACAUAUCAGAAAAAGAUAAAAUAAAUUUCGAAACGGUUCAUUUUUUCGACAAUUGAG